AUGUUGCUUCGACCUCAACUGAACUUCCGUUCUUCCAGCUUCCUGCUAUCUACCACCUACUCUGCCCCCCCACGUUUGAUUACUGGCCAUACGCUCUCGCUUGACUCUGUUACUCCAAGUUUCCUUCGACUCUACUUCGCUCAUCCCUAUCUGCUCCUGAACACAAACCUCCACCGAUAUCUAUUUCACCCAAGUCCAGCACAUUGA